CAGGAUGUGUCCGCUCGUGGCGGGUUAGACUCGUCUCUUGUGGGGCGACACUGCAGCGCCAUGUCCUGCCCGCCCGACGCUCCCCGGGAUCACGCGCUGCUCAAGCGUCUUCAAGGCGACGAGUCUGGCAAGGCUGGCCCAACCAUCAAGAGCAAGCCGUUUUUCGGCACUCAAGCCUCGUGUUCGCCUUGCUCUUCUAACCCUGCCUCACCUACCCGGGAAGAUGCGCAAUCAGGAGUGUUGCAGUCGCGCCGCGCUCUCAGAAAUGAGGAUAGCAGCUAUGACAGCGACUUCGAGUCGAGCGAGGUUUUGGGACCUGCCUCGACUGCCUCAGGUCCCGACGAGGCGCCCUUGGGAGAGGAGCAACACGAGGACGUCUCAAGAACCGUGUCGGACACUCUAGCGGCCGAGUUCGCUGAAUAUGUUACCAUGCAACCAAAUACGAGCACCACUCCCGUGCUCCCCACUGCAACCAGUAAGACAAUCGUUACCAGUGAUGAGGUUACCUCAACCACGUCUUGUUCUUCACCCGUUUUUGUCGCGUCUUCUUUCUCUGUUCCCACUGGUGGUAGCAGUGCUGCUAUGGACUUAUUUUCCUGUUCUGAGAGCACUGCCAAAGAUGUUCCUGUUAUUACUACUGUUGGGGCAUCUAAUGCUCUUGUAUGUGUUGAUAAAAGUGAGAGUGUUGCUCGAACGCAGCCCAGUGAAUCUAAACCUGAGACUACAACGGCGAAGUCUCUCCUAACUUCCACGUCAUCGUUGCCAAGCCAUUCCGUUUUGUCAAGCAAGGGUGGUAUCAAUACUGGUAGUUCUUCAGUUACGAUCAGACCCCAUACCUCUGUAGUAUCAUCCUUGUCUUCACGCCCCUCGUCAGCCCCUGCAACGCAAAGUUUAGCUCGCUCUGCUAGCACUGCCGUGACAUCACAAGCAGGUUCUGCACCCACUUCUACAAGCAUCUCGACAAGCAUUGGCAAAACUUGGAGUGGUAGCGAAAGUAGCAUUUAUGGACAGCAAGUAGAGUUCGGUAUCAAGCUCGGCUAUAGCGAAAGUCUGGUGCAAUUGGCGUUGAAGAAACUAGGUGGAAAACCAGCCAAAAAUGAGCUGCUGGAUGAACUCAUUCGACUCGGCGCUGUCAUGCCCAAGUCCGAAAGUGAACUAGAAGGUCCUCUGGCCACUCCUGCUGAAGGAGACGACGCUAAAGAGACGGACCCAUCGCUGGCACUGAGACCCAUCAUUAUUGAUGGAAGUAACGUUGCUAUGAGCCACGGCAACAAGAACGUCUUCUCGUGCCGAGGUCUGAGCGUAUGCGUUGAAUGGUUUCGGGAACGCGGCCAUAAAGAAAUUCUGGUGUUCGUUCCCGCGUGGCGCAAGGAAUUCUCUCGAUGGGACGCCAAGAUUACUGACCAGCAGGUUUUGGAGGAGCUGGAACAGCAAAAGGUCCUUGUCUUCACUCCCAGCAGAACUGGCCACACGAGCGGGCGCAGGAUCAUCCCGUAUGACGACAGGUACAUCCUAAACGAAGCGGUUCUAUCUGGAGGAGUUGUAGUGAGCAACGACAACUUCCGUGACCUGGCUGCUGAGUCGUCAACGUUUCGGCGAGUGGUGGAGGAGGCGCUGCUGAUGUACUCGUGGGUGAACGGGCGCUUUGUUCCACCAGACGACCCACUAGGGCGUAACGGCCCGACACUCGACGCCUUCUUGAGGCGUCCUGUGUCUACUCAUUCUAACCCACAGGCGCGAGACUUGGGGCUCUGUCCUUACGGCAAGAAGUGUACCUAUGGUAACAAGUGCAAGUACCAGCAUCCUGAACGAGGCACUCAGCCCAUCAAGAGCGUCACGGAGCGACUGCAGGAGCAAAGGGAGAAGCAUUAUUUGGACAAGGCUACUAAGAGCAGAGACUCGUCUCCUGGUGAAAGUUCGCGUGCAAACAAUUCGCAAGCUGCAGAGCGCGGUCCUCCAGGAAGUGGGAAGAAGCCUCUGAGCCGAACUCCUUCUUCGCACGGUGGCUCCUCGCUUUCCUCCACGACCGCUUGUUUACCGACACCGCCGGUGCCGCACGACGCACCAGGGCACGACUCGCGUUUUUCUGAUGCCUCCACCCCCACCACCACCUCUGCUGCUCCUGCUACUGCUCAUCAAGGCGUUCCGUCUUCCCCUGCCCCCGCUACUACUGCGGCGCCUUUGCUCAUGCAGCAGCAACACCCGAUGCUCUCAGCUCAGCCUUCUUACGACCAAAGUAGCUUGCAACAAUCUCUUCCUCACGACGUCUUCAAAAAUCAAAUGUUUUCAAGCGAUUCUUGUCUUCAUCCCUCGUUUGCAUCCCAAGCGCAUACUGUGCAACAUCAACACUUGCAUCAUCAGCCAUCAGGCCCGCACCAGCAGUCGUCGUCUCAUACUGCAGUGCAGCGAAUGCAAUCAUACCAGCAAGUUGCUGCUGCAGGAGGAUGGGGCUACCAGCCGCCGCGACCUCAGGACGCGUGUGAGACAAGUCACUUCAGUGAACUUGCCAUGGCAGAGCGGCAGCCAUCCGACACCGACAGCGCUUCUUCCUGUGACAACACGCAUCAAAAACUGCGCCGUCAACUCACACUCAAUCCGUCUAAUGACCAUCGACUGGCCAAGAUUAACAAAGAAGCAAGUCAACAGAAAUCUGUACCCAUGGCUGGUCAUUUCGGAGGAUUGCAGAGUAUGCCUCCUCAGUAUCAGCAGCAGCUACAAACUAUGAAUAUGGCUAGCAACCAGCAUUUGAUAUCUCAGCAUCAAUAUCAGAACCCGUUGCAGUCUUUUUCUCCUUUCAUUCCCGAACAAAAUUUGCUGCAACAAACGCCGCAGAGCCAAAUGGGACCUGUGUUUUCUGUCAACCAAUCACCUUUACCGUCCCAUUUGUACCGUCAUCAUCAGCAGCAGCAACAGCAAGGAGCCCAUCCUCACGUCGCCCGCUUCUCCUCCGCUCCUGACCCCAUUGUUGGGAGCACCAGCACCUGCAGUAAUGCNCAACUCGACAUCUGA